CUCGUUACGCGCGAUUGUGCAUGUUUGUCCUUGCUCUGCUAAAGUGCCUGAGAAUUAAACUUUUUGAUUGUUGCAGCGUUCUUCUUGAGUAACAUAUAAAUACCACUUGAACCUCGCUAGCAAUGCUAUUCCAUUCUCACUUCUCUCCAUCAUGACAGUUCCACAAACAUCUUCAUCAUCAGCCAUGACUGCAAAGGCAAAAACAGCAGCUUCUCAAUUCGCAGAAGCAGAUGAAAAAUACAAAGACAAAUUAGAAUCAAUGACGAUGGAAGAACGUGCGUUGCUAGGAUUACCCUAUAUUGCUGCCGAUCCAACAUUGGUAGAUACAAGAACAAACACACGAAAACUUUUACGUCAAUACAAUCAAUCAGAACCAGGUCCAACAUCGCCAAAUGAAACAGAAGGUUUCAACGAUAUCAGUAAUCAAGCAAGACGAGCAAUCCUCGAAAAAUUAUUCAAAAUCGAUUCAGCAAAAGCAAAGAGGAUCUUCAUCGAACCUCCCUUCUGGUGUGAUUAUGGCAGUAACAUCGUCUUUGAAGGUGACUUUUAUUGCAAUUUCAACACAACCAUCCUUGACGUCGCAAAAGUUACAUUGGGACAUGGAGUCUUAUUUGGCCCGAACGUACAUAUCUACUCCGCAACGCAUGGUAAGUUAGGGUUAGGGUUGUAACACUUCGAUCGAUACAAGGAUCGAAAGAAGAUAUUUAUAAGCUAAACGACUCAUACGAAGGUUUGCCGUUUGAUGGCACCGGCGCGUUCCUAGAGGAGCUGUCAUACUGUUCCCAGCUUCAUAAAACGGCACCGUAUCUGGCAUGAUUUUAGUGCCGAAGUCAUAAUGAAAUGAAUGAACAACCCUAAUAGGUGUUUCUGACUCUAACCCUAACUUUCUCCUCUUUCUCUCUUUUCUUUCAUCAGGUACAUCAGUACUAGAACGUGAAACAGGUCAUGAACGUGCUUUGCCUGU